CUCCAGCAUUAUAUAUCUUUCCUCAAACUGUUUCCUUCCUCUUCGGCGCCAUCGGAGUGAACUCAAGACUGUUCGCAGCCAAGUGAGAUUAGGAACAAGGAUGCAUCAGGAUCAGGAUGUUGAGACCAUGGAAGGACAUCCACAUUCUCUCAGAGUGAAGAACACGGAGGGGAAACUAUAUAAGAUCCAAUGUGAUGGACCUCGCACAGUGAUGGAGCUCAUUAAGUCAUCUGAAAGCUAUCAAGAGAAGAGUUUUACAGAUGGACAUAUUGUGGUUCAGUUGGGUGAGGGGGGUAAGGAACAUGCUCUUGCAACACAUUUCCCUUGUUCUUGUAUCCGUGACGAAGAGAUGAUCACUUUAUUAAGCAACGAUAACAAGGUUGAAGCCUCUCGAGACCAAUGUGACCAAAAGGUGCAUUCAAAAGACAAGUAUUCUGUCUUCUACAUCGACACAGUCGGAGGGAAAGACACCAAAUCAAAGAAGCUUUUCAUAAACACUGUAUUUAAAACGUUCAAGUAUCUGCGCGUCUAUGGGGAGAAGGGGAUCACUGUGGAAGAGGCUCUGAAGAGAGACGGUCGCUUUCUCGAUCUUGGAAACUUCGAACUGUUUAACAUCAAGGACAACUUUCACACUAAACCCAAAGAAAAAGUCGAUGGCCUGCAUGAGAAAAAGUUCAAGAUAUGUCUUCCACGGGGCGUUCACCUUGAGACACCUAAGAUUAAGAAGGAAGCAGCAGGAUCACAGUCUGAGACUAAGAAGGAAGCAGCAGGAUCACAGUCUGAGAUUAAGAAGGAAGCAGCAGGAUCACAGUCUGAGAUUAAUGAUAAGAUCUCAGCUGUACUGCAGCAGAGAGGAACCAGUGUCACAGGGGGAAACAUUGAGGAGAUUAGUAAAAGGCUUCGUGAGCAGUACCCAGAUCUGAAACGGCUGAUGGAGAGUAGGUUCUCUGGUCUGGGAUCUUAUGAGAAAGCCUUAGACCUGAGACGGGAAGACUUUGGAAAGAUCGAGGGCACAUUCAGUGAAGUCCACAGAAUCAUGAAGAUGCUGGAACUGGGGAAAUCCGUCUGCAAAGUGAUUGUUGAGGGAAAAGUGGAGGGAACAGGCUUUGUGCUGUUUGACAAUUUCAUCCUGACUAACGCACACUUGUUCAUCGAUUGUAUAGAAGAAAGAAAGCUGACGGAGGAUGUCUAUUUCACGUUUGACUAUGUAGAACCUUUGCCGCAUGCAAAGUACCAUUACUUUAAGCUGGCUGACCGUGACAUCUGCUACAACAAUGAUGAUCUUGAUUAUGCCAUAGUUCAGAUUGAACCACGCUCCACACCAGACCAGCUCGAGGUGCCACCAGGGCUCCUGAAGAAAUUCGGUAAAAAACCGGCAAAUGGCCAUGGCUGUAUCCUCGGCCACCCGGGAGGAGCCCUGAAGAAGAUGGAUCCGAUAUGUAUCAUUGAGAAAGAGAACAGGGAGCAAGCCGUCAUCAGUAGCAUAGGGAACCAUAGGGACGAUUGGUUUGUUCUCUACGCAAUCAAAAAUGGGCUCAAAAAAGAGCCAUUUGCAGAUGUCGUGACUUAUAACAGUUUCAUGUAUCACGGCGCCUCCGGCUCUCCAGUGUUCGAUGUCUGCGGUAGAGUUUUUGGUUUGCACACUGCUGGCUUUCACUAUGAGUUUAACAACUCAAAGCACAGGCUGAUCGAGUUCGCUCAGCCUGUGCGUAAUAUAUUUAAGGACUUUGUGAGCAAGCUAGACGAGGAGAAGUUGAAGAGAGUCGAGGAGGAGACUCGGGGAAAUCCUUACCUGGAAGAACUGUUCGAGAGCGUCCCCAAGACAGAGCGAGCACUCCCUGAUGGGCACUCACCAAUGGAGAUAGAUUGACAGAUGCUCCCGUUCACACAUCAUGUGUUGUUGUAUCGUCGCCAUGGCCACAGACUCACGGAGGUGAAGUGCCAACGUUACGCAGCGCUGAGAGUCAAAUAGUCAAAUGUGACUUUGUUUCCUUCUCUGCAUUACUUCUGUAUCUGUUAUUUGAAGUGUUGUCACAUGUUGCGUGUCUGAAAGUAUCAUAUUAACAGCUAAGUAUGUUCUUUUUAUUUAGUUUGUGUGUUGGUUUGGGUCCGAUUCUUCUUUUUGACAUAUCUGCCUUUUCUUUUUACCCAUGUGGCUUUGGGACUCCUGAUAUAUUCACAUUAUAUUAAAUGAUUAUCUUCACAA